CAGAUCGCUAACGAGAGUAACGAGACUGUAGCUGUCUGCUUGGCAAAUCACUUGACUACAUUUUCUGGCAACUUCUACGUCAUCCCAAACAAUAUUGACUUCAACAGAGUGUUCAAAGACCUCCCGCCAGAUAACUUGGCUGUCCUGCUUACCGUUUGCAUUACUUUUGCAAUCUACGCUGUGGGUCUUAUCAUUGCAAGAAGGGCGGAUAACAAAGACAAGAUGAAGGUAGAUGCGUUUUGUGGUUUUGAUUCUGCUUUAAACAUUGUUUAGACAUCUCGUGAACUAAAACGUUCUUAGUAUCUACAAAGGCUAUAAGGUAUACUAAAAAAAGAUGGUAAGCUAUCACAAGAAUCCAGGUUAUAAAGGUUGGUUUAGGGGUUAUCUUUGAGAGGUUUUUUUCUCUUUUACAGAUUAUUAACACAAUAGCGUCUUCUUGCGACGACGAAGAAGAAAACUGCUACAGUUAUGAAGUGUCCAUUCAAACUGGGAUGUGGCACCUUAACGGCACAACAGCUCGAGUGGGAAUCCGACUAUUUGGCGAAGAAGGUAGCAGUAAUAAAAUAUGUUUCAUGGAUCCCUGGCAAAAAGCCAAACUCUUCACUCGUGGUAGUGUAAACACAUUCACUCUCAGCCUGCCAGCACAUAUGGGAAAGCUGUACAAGAUACAGAUUUGGCACGAUAAUAGCGGAAAAAGUCCAUCCUGGUUUUUGUACCAAGUUGUGAUUAGAGACAACUCUACCAACGAAAAGUGGCAUUUCGUAGCAAACAGAUGGCUGUCUGUAGAAAAGUUGGACGGUGCUGUUGAUGUGGAAGUCUGGGCCGCCACAAAUCGACAAAUGGAAAGUUUCACAAGAUUGUUUCACUGGCGCGUUGUCACAAACUUUGCAGACAAACAUUUAUUUCUCUCCCUUUUCACCAGACCACCGCAAAAUUCUUUUACACGAUGUCAACGUCUAACAUGCCUGUUUUCAAUCGUAAUGAUUUCUCUAGUAACCAAUGCCAUGUUUUAUCGCUUGGAAAAGUCUAGGGAUUCAGACGAUUUAUCUAAUUCAUUUCAAAUUGGCCCUUUGGAAAUGAGCUUGAGGCAAAUCGUCAUUGGUGUGCAAUGUGGGCUUAUCGCUCUUCCUGUAAGCAUAGGGACGGUAUUUAUAUUUCGGAACAUCAAGAAAACAAUACCAAGUGACAAUUUCGAUACAGCAACAAGGGAAUCCAGGCAAGGCUUCCUACCGCCGUGCUUUGUCGUAAUUGGAUGGAUGAUCUGCCUGACAACCUCCAUUUCCUCAGGAACAUUCACCGUGUUUUACAGCAUCCAGUGGGGAGCAGAAGUGUCCAAUAGAUGGUUACUAUCUGUCAGUAUAGCGGUACUUCAAGAUAUCUUGAUCAAUGGACCGAUCAUUAUUAUUGUUAAUACCGCAAUCACAUCCCUGUUAAAGAUAAAACAGACUGGCACUACUAGCGAGGUUGAGGUUUCGCGCAGGGGAAACUUGGUGUUUCAUGGAAGUGGAGACGUAAAUAUCCGGCAGCCGUCUGAUGAAGAGCUGCAAAAAAUGCGACAUUUGAGGCUACACCAAAGAAAAAUGUAUCGUUUCUUUAUUGAACUGGGCAUUUACACCGCGUUUAUCGUUCUUUUAAUGACUGUCUGUUAUGGAAACCGCAAGCCGUCAAGAUAUCGACUGACAAGAUCACUCAAAGAUACUUUCAGCAAUUUUAGCAAGGUACAGGGAAACCAGAGAUGUUCCCCAACUGUUUUCAGCACUUACACUUUGACGAAUCAGCUCUAUUUGAAAUGGCUCUUACCGCUUAACCAAGGACCCCAUUCAACUUUGCAAAAGACCGUAGCUUAGGGUCGUGAACAAAACUUUAAAACAAAACACAGAAUACGACUAUACUAAAUUAUGACCAUUUCCAACAACCCGGAGUAAAAAUUUAGAUUUAUUAAAGUGUAGGUGCAUUCUUGAGGAGUCACCUUAACCUAUCUGACCUUGCUGUACAGCCCUCAGAACAGCCACCAUCUUGUAUCAGUUACCUCAGAGUCAAAUCGGUCAAGAGUUCUUCAGUACGUAGAACGAAAUUUAAAGUUGAAUUCUUGAAUAUUGAGUUCACUCAUAGUUCACUUACACAGCAGUAAGUGGGAAAAUUCCAGAUUUACCACAAAAUAUCAUUCUUAGCGAAUUUUUACAUAUGUGAACAAUAGAAGUUUUCUUUCUGUAUAUGACGAAGUCAUGGCUUAAAAAGCGAUUUUAAGAGAGAUAUUCAAUAUUUCAUUCAAGUGUCAGACGCAUUUUUUUCUGACUUGUUUGGAAAGCCGGUCACGCUUAAUGGAGCACGACUGUAUAAGGUCAAGGUACCAACAGAUGUUUCUUUUUCUUCCAGAUUGUUUCAAUUAGACUGACUUCUCGAAUUUUCUCGCUUAGAAGAUGGAUGCGCCAAUUCAAUCAGAAUUCAAUUCUUAAAUCGAAGAUUAUUUUGAUUUCUUCAAAUACUUCAACUGAACAACGCAAAAUUAAAACCAAUAAUGAACCCAAUAUUGAAACAAUCAUGUUCAAUGUUUGUUCUUCCUCGGAAAGAUUGACCGGGUUUCACUGUAAAUAAAAGGUAUCUCAAUAAAAGGUAUCUUUAUUACUUCCGCAUAUACUGAAGAACUCGUUUUGGAAGUAUACAGCGCUUUUGAUCCAAACAUUAAAAAGAAUAACAGUAGAGUGAUUUUCGUAUGACCUUGAAAUGAAAACGUGCAAACAAAACAGAAACAACAAACGAACGGAAAUACAGCGAUUUGAUUGGUUUGUGGAACGGAUACAAACGCGCGUGGCUUUUGGUGUGGUUAAGCGAACGCUCGGCUAAAAGAAGUUCAUGCCCGAAGAACUUUCUAAAAAGCAAUGGAUACUUCGCUCUUCCAUAUAAGGGUUUUCUUUGGCGGGAAAACGAAGAGUCCAUGUUUUGAUAUUUUCAUCCAUUGGCUGAUAAAACAAAUAACGAACACUUACCGAAACCAUUUUUCAAGGUCAUACGAAUAUCGCUUUGUUGUCAAAUAUCCCAUGUCCCUUUCCCAGUCCACUAAACUGCAGCUUUAUUCAUGAAUUCUAGGUGGAAGAUCCCAAAUCAUUUUGGAAAUGGUUUGAAAACGAAUUAGUUCCAGGUCUCUAUGACGCACGUUUGUACAAUGGACACCCAGCUGCUCACUUUGAUGAUGGACUCCUAAGAGGCAAGAUCGGAUAUACAGUUGGCAUGCCAAGGCUUCGACAAAUACGAAUAAAACAAGGUAGAUGGUUUUCUUAACGUCCUAUAGUAUGAUCUUAGGUGCGUUAUAAGCUUAGUGAUAUAGAAAAGUUAUUCGGUUGUUUAAAGAACCUGGUAUCGGCCAGAAAGCUAGACGAGAACAGUGGGGUAAUCAAUUGUCAAACCCGUUUUGCUUUUUGUUUGUUCGUUUGUUUAAAAUUCAGGUAACGACCAAAAGAAUUCUGCCUUUUGUACAGAACUCUAUGAUGAAUUAUGUAAAAAUUUAAAUAAAAGAUUAACUGUCUUAGAUGGACACUUAAUAAAGUGCAUCUUGGGAAUAAAGCUGGAGUAAAGUUGGCUACAGAACGGCUGCAUAGAGGAUCAAAUAAGGACACCACCCCAUCAUACAAACCCUUGUGGAAGCCCAUGGAUUCGACCCAUGAUCAAAAUUCAAAAGAAUCCUAUUCAUUUUGUCCUGAACCUUGGCAAUAUACGGUGCCCGAGAGUGCUAGUGAACUUAUUCCUUACGGCGCUGGUGGUUACAUAGCCAAGAUCGGUUACGAUAACGAAACCGCUUUGAGAGUCAAACAGAGCCUUGAAGAAUUCAACUGGAUGGACGACAGAUCAGCUGUAAUAUUGGCGGAAUUUGUUAUUUUCGAACCUGCGAACCUGCUGCUGACAAACGUUAUGAUUGUAUUAGAGAGAUUCUCGACGGGUUUUACAAAAAAGACGGUGGUCGUGGUUCCUGUUCACAUUUUUCCUUCAUCUGAUUCUGCAUUGUGGUUGUUCUAUCACAUUUGCAUUCUGUUAUGGUCAGUAUUCACUGUAGUGCUGGUGGUUCUUGAAAUUGUUAAGGUUUUCAAGCAGCGAAGUUCGUAUUUUAAGGCUUUCUUUAACUGGAUCUCUUCUUUUCAACUCCUUUCUUCUGCUACUGCAAUGUUGCUUGUGUUUUUGAAGGAAAACGAUUUGAGAGAUUUUCUUCAAAAAAUAAAGGAGGAUCCAUUUGGCUACUGGACUUCAUACGAACUCGUUAAGUGGGAGACUAUUGAAAACGUUGUUUUGUCAAUCACAGUUGUGUUGACCACAGUUAAGAGCCUUAAGCUUAUUCAGAUAAACCGUCAUAUUCACAUAAUGAAGUCAACGUUAGAGGCAGCGUGGAGCUACAUUUGUUCCUUCUCCUUUAUAGUUAUUCUCCUCGCUCUUGCAUUCGCCCAGCUUGGAACACUCUUGUUUGGUACAAUGGAUGAGGAAUAUUCCACUCUCUAUUUCUCUCUUAGGUCGGUUUUUCAAAUGGCCAUUGGAAUAGGAAAAAUGCGUUCAAAGCUAAGUAGUGGACCCUCGUCCCAAAUGUUUGUUCCCCUAUAUCGUAUGGCCUGCAUGCUUGCCUUGACUAUUGUCUUCACGGAUACGUUCAUUGCCAUCUUGGAUGAGGCAUACCAUCAAGCCAGCCAUGGGAGAAAUCCCGGGGAGGAGCUUGGUGAUUUCAUUAAAAAUCGCCUAAAAGAUGGGUUAAAACGGUGUGGUCGGAAAUCUAAGAAGUUUUUCGUGAAAUCGAUACCUAAA